CACACACACACACACACACACAUUCUUCACAUAUUCACAUAUCUUGAGGAGGCUGAAGAUUAUGCGGCUAUGCUCCAUGUUGCCAGUGUGAAGCUUUAGCAAUUCAUCAUGUCUGGAUUUACUGGCUCAGUUUUGCUGCUGCUGUGCUGUCUACCUUUAGCAGUGUUGUCUCUAGAGUGUUAUUCGUGUGUUUUCCCGGCCAUCUCUCCACUCGACUGUCUGAAGUUUCCACAGGAGUGUCCUGAAGGUCAGCGCUGUCUGUCCAGUGAGGCUGUGGCAGUCAGAGGUUCUGUCGUUAUAGUCCUGCAUGAGAAAGGCUGUGCGAUGGAGACUCAGUGUGGGAAAAGUGGAGAGAAGCAUGCAGCCGGGCUGAACUUCACCUACGAUAAUCAGUGCUGCGACACCGACCUCUGCAACUCCGCCCUGCGGGUCAGCGCCCCCUGCUGGAGAGACCUUCUUCUGGGCCUCGUCAGCGUCACCCUUGUCCUCCUGCUUCAGUGAACUGUGUGAACUGAAGAAACGCACUGAUUUAUAAUCACCUGCCCAGGUUUAGGGUUCAAUUACAGUUGGGAACAUUUGUCCUUUUAUUGUUUUUCUCUUGAAAGAUACAGGGGUUGGACAAUGAAACUGAAGCACAAUAAUUUAUUGUGGUGAUGGACAGUUCUGGUGGAAACAGGAGAGUUGAGGUGCACAUUGAAUUCUGCGUGAUUUGAUCAGCCGUGGUUUUAUGUUUUUUGGAUACAAUCCGGGUUAGCACCCGAACAUCCCUUUCAGACAGCUUCCUCUUACAGCGUCCACAGUUAAUCCUGUUGGAUGUGGUUGGUCCUUCUUGGUGGUAUGCUGACAUUACCCUGGAUACCGUGGCUCUUGAUACAUCACAAAGACUUGCUGUCUUGGUCACAGAUGCUCCAGCAAGACGUGCACCAACAAUUUGUCCUCUUUUGAACUCUGGUAUGUCAC